AUGAAGGCGAAGGCCGUCUUGCUUUCACUAGGGACCAUGCUCCUUUUCUCAGGCUUGCCUGCUUGCAUGGGAAAACGUUCUGCGAAGGACUGGAGCAAGAUGGAUCUUAACGAGCUGGAGAAGCAGUGGGAGGACGGCGACGAGGAUGAGGAGCUCAAGACGGAGGAGCAGGCGAAGUUCGAGAAUCUGGAGCGACGGCGAAAGCAAGCGCAGGCAAAUGCCGGCAAAUUCGAUCCCAGCUCGUUGGGCAGCAUGACCGCCGCGCAAGUUGGAGCGAUGGCGGCGGGGCAGAAGGACGCGACCGGCCCGACGAUGCUGUUUGCCCAGGUCCGUUCGGGCGGACUGGGGGAGACCGGCGGCAGCGGCGACAACGGCGGGUCGAUCUCGAAGGAAGAGACGGAAAAGGUCGGCGGUCGCCUCCAGCAGUUGGCGCAACUCGGCAGUCUGGAAGUGUCGGUGUAUGCGCUCGACGCCGGGUCUGUUCUCGUGUCGUCGCAAAGGGGGUGGGAAGGCCAGCAGAUCCUGGACUUUCUGCUUUCGCGGCCUGAAGUUUCCAAGGUCACGUGGAACUCGAGGGAUUUCUACCCUCCGAAGGAAGGGGAGGAGGAGCUUUGAAGCGCUUCUUGUUGUCGCCCACAUCGUUCUGUCCCUGUUUCGUUUAGAUUUUGGGAUGAGCGUGAGUUGAGUCCUUCGUCACUGCCUGCCGUGCUGUUUCUAAUGUUUAUCGCUUUGUUUUGGUCUCUCGAAAGCCAGUUUGGCGUGUAUCUUUGUAGAGUGGCGGUAUUGUUUGGUUUCGAGUUGUAGUGGUUAUUGGCAUCGCUGCAAACCGUGAUUAAAUGGCCCUGGUCAUCGAAUCACCGAAAGACUUGAUGUUUUGGGGUGGUCUCUAGUCUACCUCUCGAGUACAUAUCACGAUUUGUUUUCUUCUUUUUCUUUUGCACUUCCACAGCACAGGGCCCGUGGUAGAGUAGCAAUGAAUUUAUGUUGUACGGUGACCAACUUAUAUUCUACGGUUCCCCGAGCAGCAUACAGCGAUAUCUCCCCUGUGGGUAACAGGCUCGGCAAGACAGCAGUUAGGUGGCCGUCUUGGGUAUAUGACUGAACGUUAUUCUGGGGAGGUGUAGAGGAGUAUGUUGGGAAGAUGUUCAGCGGUCGGUAUUCUAGUUGUGAUGCCCAUUGUUGAGUGUCCACAAGAGCACGCAUUGGUUGUGUAUGUGCAAUUUCAUUUCACCUGAUGGUCGUGGCCCAGAUGGAUAUAGAUUGGACAUGUAUUGCUGCAUGCGCGCUCUUGUUUGUGUCGCGUUGGGCAUCGAGAAGUAUGUGAACGGUGCGUGCAAGACGAGCGGGGUUGUUCAAGGUAUACAUACAUCAUUCCAGCAGCUAUGCGAGUACGCCGGAUCUCCAGGAUCUUGUGCGGAUGUGGUGUACGGUAAAACAUUGUUCUCCUUGUUUCCUUGUCGGUUCUUGGUUGAUGUGGGAGGUGUAGCAAGUUGGUGGCGCACAACACUGGCGCACAACACUAGCGCACUUCAACACGCGAGCUUGUGCAGUUGUAGACGGGUAGUAUGACACGUACAUGCGCAUAUCGAUAGAGGGGCUUGUGCAACUUCAGCUGGAGGCCACGAAUCAAAUGUCAUUGUGCAAUUGUGUACACACCUGUGAUGGUUUGGAUGAUGUCGUGGAACAACCACGUGUAUGCAGCAGAGAGCAGCAACGUCUCUUAGCUGUGUAACCCGUCCUCCUCAAGUCCUACAUCAGAUCGCACAACGGCUGGAUCCGAAACGCCGGUAGCUCAGCAAACCAAUUGUUCUUAUGUUCUCUUGAGUCGUGGGGCUCUCCCUCUUGCGUAUAUUGUUGUGGUUGUUUUCUAUGAGUGCAUUUGCAAUGGU